AAAUACCUUACAAAAUGCUGAGAACAAUUACAAAGAUAAAUAUGGAAAAUUAGAAGAAGAUAAUCCUAAGAAGUCUAGUGACAAAAAUAAGGGAAUGAGUGGAGGAAUUAUUACUCUAAUAGUGAUUGAUAGUGGUAGUGGGCGGAUUAAUUGGUUUAGUAUGAUGGAGAAAGAAGAAAAAAUAACCUUUCAGGGUAGCAUACUGCCUAAAUUCAAAAACUACAAAGACUUCCGAAGAAUUUUCCCUGAUGAGCAAGCAUGUGUAGAUUAUUUAGAGGCAUUCAUUUAUAAAGGAAAAAUGCCAAUUUCUCCUCACGACCCCAAUUCUAAGGUUUAUGAAUGUGCUGACAAAAUAAUUAGCACAAAAAAAUACUCCGCUAAGUAUAAAAGAUUUCAAUGUAAGACUACAGGUAAAUACUUCAAUGUUAAAAAUAAAACCAUCUUUGAGAAUACUAAAACUGCUUGGUUCUUGUCCCAUCGUUUGCGUUAUAUUGCUGAUUUGCAUCCUACUUUUGCUAAACUGAAAGAUAAGAUUCCUGUGUUCGUGAUGGAACAAAGAGGCGGUAAUUCAAUUGCUAAAGUAGUUCCUAAUGUUAAACGAAAAACUUUGUUUCCAAUAAUUAGAGCAAACGCUGAAGAAGGUUCAAGUGCCUACACGGAUGAAUAUCCUGUUUAUAAGGGUCUAGAUAAGUGGUAUAACCACCAGAUAGUUGUUCACAAAAUGGGGCAAUAUGUAAAACAAUAUGCAGAUGGCAAGAAAGCUUCGAAUAACUUAGUCGAGAACUUUAAUUCUCAUUUAAACAAAAUGAUUUAUGGGACUUAUAUUAAGAUAAGCAAAAAGUAUCCUCAAAAAUAUUUAAAUGAGUUUACUUUUCGUCGCAAUACUCGAAAGUAUAGCAUUCAAGAUAGAUUUAACCUGUUACUUUCCUUGGCGGAACAUAACAGAGAAAAUGUAGCAAAAGAAUCAGAGUUUGAUCAAAUGUUAAGGGCUGCCAUAAAUACUCCUCCACUGAAACUAAAAGAUUUAAAGGAAAAACUUAGAAAAGAAAAAGAGGAGAAAGAACGAAAUUCUGAAGAUAAGAGCAAAACUUAA